AUAAGUUUCAAUCGCAAUUGCCAUUUGGGUCUUGCUGUGGUACCAUUGAACCUCAAUUCAAAAUUUGUUGGCGAUACAUUUUAGACAAACAAACAAAAAGUAGAUCUAUUAAAGUGUCGAUUGCAAUUGUUAAUGCUAAAAAUACGAUGCCAAUCACAUUUGGUAAAGAAAACAACGAAAAUUUGAAGUGCGUCAAAUGGGAAACGGAACUGACGAACAGUGUGGACCAGCCUCCAGCUCCAAAAAAUGAGAAAUUCCAGCUGAUCCGUUCCUUGUCGUCGGUUUUUCAUUUUAAUGUGUUAUGCAGGUACGAGCAAAUCAUCAACGCGAAUGAAGCUCAGACAGACGUCUUCAGAAAAGGUUAUUUCGUUCAACGAAAAUACGAGAUUGAGCUAUGUUUGCUGCAAGUCGAUAAUAUCAAUAACAGCGAUCCGACCAGAAGUGAUGCUAAAACUAUUCCAGAUUAUUACCGCCAACCCUGCGCUGUCUACGUGGCCGUCAGCGAAAAUGGAAAAUAUGACUUGAAGAAGCUAACUGAUUCGUCAAAUGUUUGGAAGUCUGCAAAAUUUACAAUCAACCUUAGAACUGACCAGUCUAACCCGAUGUUUACCUUUGAGCUUUGGAUCACCUUUAACACUCUUGGAUUCAACGAGAUAAAAGCCUUGAAGGUGUUGACGGAUUACUUUUUUUUCCAGCAAGCCAACUGCGACGUUCAGUUCUGUUUCCAAAAUGACCAGCACAUUGCCGGCCACAUGAACAUCCUAUCAGCCAGGAGUCCUGUAUUCGCCGCAAUGUUUAGCCACGAAAUGAAAGAGGCAAGAACGGGACAAGUUGCCAUUCAAGAUAUUCGGCCAGAGAUUUUCAAAGAACUUUUCCAUUUUAUUUACUUGGGUCGCACAUGUGAACCCCUGAAUAAUGAAAAUGCUCGACCCCUAUUCGUGGCAGCCGACAAGUACGAUAUCGUCGACUUGAAACACGAGUGUGUCCGUUUUCUACUCACGCAGAUUCAAAUAAACAACGCAAUAGAUCACAUGGUUUGGGCGGACCACCACUCGGUUAAAGAUAUCAAAGAAACGGCUCUGGAACUCGUCGUUGCCAAUGGAAAAGCAAUUUGCCAAACAGUUGAAUGGGAGCAACUAACAAAGAACUAUCCGGAACUUUGCUUACUUGCUGUUCGGCGCAUGAUGCUUUAGUCCAGCUUGAGCUAAAUCUCAGCUUCUACAAAAUAAUCAUAUUAAAAUAAAAUUCAAGCUUUCUCAAAUGUUACUCCGAGUAGAACCAUACAAAUGUAGCACGAGAUUUUAAAUAAAAGCAAAUAAAAAAAAAACAUCAAAAUUUUGAAGAUGAAUUUGUUUGUUUGUUGAGUAAACCAACUGCGACAUAAAAUUUUUUUUUUAUUGUGGCCGUCAGAUCGGCGGUCACAAGAAAAUGAAAUCACCAUGUUAGUUGAAAAUCAACUCUUGCAGCACUAAGCUGCUCCAACGACGAACCCUGGCGGAAAGUGUAUGACACUAAUUUCCUUGAGUGGGUGUAGCGAAUAUGUGAUAAAAUCAAACAUGCGAAACGCCAGUUGCAAUCGGCUCAACACUCGACCGAGUUGAUAUAAGGGGGUCAUGAUUCACGGAAAAAGUAACCAAGUUUUCUGAGCUUAUCUGAACAAUCUACCGUAUAUUCAGAAACUAGCUAAGAAGUCAACAUGCCUUGCAACUCCUCGUUUCCAGCUCUAAAGCCUCUCCCGGGAUCGAAGAAAUCAUUUCCAGACGUUUGCAGCCGUGUUAACAGUGGUCCGCAUUCAUAACUCUUCCGGAUCUGAGCUGCUUUUCGAUCACGGUGCACCUCUUGCGAGUAAACGCUUCAAGCCCAAACCGGGUACUCAUCACGAUUCGUCUGCUGUUUCCGCUUGCCUCAACCAACAGACUUGCAAGCCUUCGAAAACAACAAACGUGAGGUCGAAAAUUCCAGUGAGGAAACCGAUUGUCAACUGCGUUGAGAGUUCUAAGCCCAAAUGGAACAGCGCUACUCUUUUCGAACCGAAGAAAGUGACUGUCGGUAUUUCUCCUUUGCCCGGUAGGAAGAAAACUUUGAACGAUUUCAUGAGCAAACAAUUCCGGGCCACUCCUGCUCCGCCCACCACUCACAAACCUUCGAUGCCAGUGGCGCCCAACAAACGCCAGUCAGUCAGGAAUAUAAACAACAUUAUACAUUUGGAUCCGGCUGAAGAGGCUGAGUUGGAGGAGUUUGAGUUGACUGAAAGGGCAAUCCUUCAACAAGUGGAUGCCCAGAAAGAGAUGACCCCCUCUCGUUCCCUGAAGAAAAUUGGACCCGGAAAAGAAGAUGUUGUCUGCAAGGAAAGAUCUCUGGUGGGACGUUUGGAAGAUAUCAUUUUGAGGGAAGUUUCCAGGAGAAAGACGGCACUUUAAAGGUGCGAAAAUGUGGAUCAAUCAAAAUUUCUUUGUCUGAUGUUGCUUGAAAUGUAAGUGACUUAUUUCUGUCGUCGAUUCAUUACACGAGAUUUCAAAUAAUUCAA